AUGGCCGACCCCCGUGUUGAAGAGCUUGCCGAUGACGAGGUCCCCCAGAACGUCGACGCUGGCAGCGACUCCGACUCUGAAGCUGAGCCCACCGGCAUCCCCGCCGGUGCCUCUGUCACCAUCCACUCUCGUAACGAGAAGAAGGCUCGCAAGGCUAUCGCUAAGCUCGGCCUGAAGCACGUUCCCGGCAUCACUCGUGUCACCCUCCGCCGCCCCAAGAACAUCCUCUUCGUUGUCAACCAGCCCGAUGUCUACCGUUCCCCCAACACCAACACCUGGAUCAUCUUCGGUGAGGCCAAGAUUGAGGACCUGAACGCCCAGGCUCAGGCUUCCGCCGCCCAGCAGCUCGCUGCCGCCGAGGCCGCUGGUGAGCACGCCGGUCACGACCAUGACCACGACCACGAGCACUCUCACGGUGUUGACCUGAGCGGUGAGACCCCCGCUGUCGAGGCCAAGGACGAGGAGGAUGAUGGUGAGCCCGUUGACGAGUCUGGCCUUGAGUCUAAGGAUAUCGACUUGGUUAUGGCCCAGGCCAGCGUUUCCCGCAAGAAGGCCGUCAAGGCUCUGCGGGAGAAUGACAACGAUAUUGUCAACUCCAUCAUGGCUCUCAGCAUAUGA